AUGUCUGUCAAAACUUUCUUCCUUUUCUGCGCCCAAGCACUCAUGGUUCAGACCAUCACUGCCUACUGCCUGGGCAACGGACUGGCCUACGAAGGUUCCUUGAUUGAUGGUGCUCCCUGCGGCGCCCCUUGUGGAGGCUUAGGUUGGGCUAGUUACGGUGCCGGUGGUUACGGUGCUAGUGGUUAUGGUGCCGGUUGCGGUCUAGCUGCAAUUCCAACUGCUAGCGGCGGUGGUUUCCCUGUCGCCAGCGCGUCUCCCAUCCCGCCUGUUGGAGUAUCUGUUCUCUCAGAGAACGAGAUCGGAGGAAUCCUGACUGCAGUUGGUGAGCUGCCUUUCCUAGGCACCGUUGGUCUGGAGGGUGUGCUUCCAACUGCUGGUGCUGGUGCCGUCUCUUACGGCUGCGGAAACGGUGCCGUGGGUAUCAUUAGCGAAGACAUCACCGCGUCCGGUUGGUCUUAUCCGGCUGCCACUGGGUUGGGUUACGGACCUGGCCUUGCUGCAGGCUUCGGUUACGGUCCCGGUAUCGCUGGCCGCGCCUUCGGUGGUUGCGGAUGCGAUGUCCUCUAA